GCUCCUGACAACAAACGAGGUUGUGGCUUCAAUCCGCUACUGGAACCGUUACAAUGCUCGCGUGGCGGGGAUACGGAGGCGGCGAGGGGCUUUAGCAGAGGGUGGUCAAAUGACAAGUAAGGAAAUCCGACUGCUGCCUAAUAAAAGCAACUUGUAGGCUAGGCGGUCUAGGGGUGCAUCGUGAGAGCAUGAGUAGUAGGAUUCGGGGAUGACGGGACACAUCGAGCGAGACGAACUGCUGGACGAUAAAGUCGAAGCCCAAGGGCAGAACUCGCUCAGAGGCCUUGCUCGAACAAGCGCAAUAAUAACGCGUGCACGUUUUUUCGAUUUAGUAACUUUUUAUACAACCCUUUUUUAUUUGCUAUUUGUAGCCUGUAACGAAAACGUAUGCAGUUAA